AUGGCUUGCCUUAGGCCAGCUGAUUGUCGUCUGCUUGUAAGAUGGCUUGCCUUAGGACAGCUGAUUGUCGUCUCCAAUUUUUUUUUUGUCUUCCGUUCUUCUAGUCUGAUCAGCAGUGUUGCGAAGGACGUUCCGUUUUCUUUUCAGUUCCUCAAGGUGUUUAGACCAAAACUCUCUUUCUUUUCAGUUCCUCAAGGUGUUUGGACCAAAACAGCUUUCUUUUUAGUUCCUCAAGGUGUUUAG